CUUACAACUUCUUUUCAAAAUGCGAAUUCAAGAAGUCCCCACAGAGAUUUGUCGUGAAAUAUUUUUUCUUUCAGAGAACCCUUACCAAUGCGCGCUUGUCUGCAAAAGUUGGACUGAGCAUGCACUCCAAGUAUUUUACAACGAUCUGACCUUGGGUGCUUUUGGUAUAUACCGGACGAAGCAGGAGUUGAAAAUGAUUGCCAAAGACCGUGAUGGCUUCUUUAAGUAUGCUAAUUUGGUCAAAAAAUUAACCAUUGGCGAAAACAACGAUCGUUCUCCCGCCAAGUUCCCCCCUAAAAAAUUUAUAAAACGGACACAGCAUUCAGAUCUAGAGUUCGAUCGACAUGAAUUCAUAACACUGUUGGAAUGUUUGCCAAAUCUUGAAUGCUUGCAUAUAUCUCUCAAUGUCCAGGACGAAAACUACCUUCAAUACAUACUCGAGACUGACUCUAAGACGUGUUUGAAUAAUAUCCAGAGUAUUACCAGUGAUCGAUCAGACAUUCAAUUCUCCCUUUAUUACAAGUAUCGCGCAACCAUAACAACUUUAAAAGUCAAUGAUCAACGAGAUAUAGUAAAUGUAGAUUCUCGGUGGGGUGGGAUGCUUACUCUACUCAGCCACUUUCCAAAGAUGACAGAUCUGACACUGAUCAAUCCACCGAAUAAUGUUACAACUUUCGACGUCCAAAAGGCUUGUCCCAGUUUAAUAUCGUUCGAAUUUAAUGCUGACUUUGAUUUGUCUGAUGAAAGAGCAUUGCAAAUUUUGGAUAAUCCUGCCAACUUUGAUUCUAAUAACAGCCUAAAAACGUUCAGGCUUGCUUUACCUACUAUGUCAAAGGCAUAUAUCAGCUAUCUGACAGAUUAUAUGUGCAUACAACUUGAUACUUUUGAAGUGGAAAUGUUUGAUAUUAAUUUAUACGACUGGCUAAUACAUGUUGGUAUGGAUAGCGCUUUAAAGUUUGCUAAACAGAUAGGAAAGAUGGAAGAGUUUAGUUUUAGCUGUAUGGCUAAUGAAAUGCAUCUCAGAAGAACAUUUAGCGAUAAGACAAACAUAACCGGCUAUUUCGAAUUACUCGACGGUUUCAGAGGCGACAAAACCCCCUAUUGCCGUAUUGAAUUCUGUGAUGUUAAUGGCUUUUCGGCAGAGGAUUUUGUGGAGUACAAUGCGCAUGAUGGGCUUAAUCUUCGGUGCAAGUUGGAUUAUAAAGAUUAUCGAUUUCCUUAUCAAGGAGCUAUUGAAGGUGCACAGGCUCUCUCCCCCUACGCAGACGAUCGAAUUGAUAAUGAUAAUGAUCGCCAUGUAGGCGAAAAACAUGAUAGCGUAGAUGACAAUCAAAGCAGCGAUAAUGGUUCUUCCGAUGAUGAUAUCCAAGCCAAUUAUGGCAUCAAAAUUACCUCACCGGAUAGAAAAAUAUCAGUAAUUGGAUUGGAAGUUGUCAAUUAUAUGCAUGUCACUAUGUCUGACAGGCAUCCAGAUCUGCCUUUUAAGUUUAUCGAAUACGCAUUUACACAUUGUCCAAAUCUCGAGUAUUUUCACUUUGGUUUCUUGGAAGAACCGGCCGAAGAGUUUUGCAUUACAACAGUAAUCAAUCCACGUAAACUUAAAAUAAAUCAUCAAGUGACUUCGACCAAUCCACAAGAAAACAUGAAGGUAGUCAAGACCGCAGAUUUCGUUCCCUCUGACGAAUGGCUUAACUUUGUUGUUGGAUUUGUUCCCGAUAUUGAAAUAUUUGCUUUAGGUGAUCACAAUCUAGAUUCGACAACGCCGGACAUGACUGAAAUAGAUUUGACAUGCUUCAAAAAAUUAAAGACAAUCUAUUUUUUAAUGGAAGUUAUAUCUAAAGGUGAUGCGAAUAUGGCAUUUAUUCAUUUUAAAUAUAGCGAUGGCGAUGAAGCCUACUUUUGUCAAGAAUGUGCAAAUCCUCUUGCUUUGAACGUGGUAGAUCUUGAAAACUUUCAAAAUUGCUGUAAUAAUGAAGCACUUGAUACACGCUGUAUAACCAUCUUUUGCGAAAAACACAUUCAAAUUGUUGUAUACUCCGAUGAGCAUGGUACAAUUGGAGAAAUUAAUGACGGGCGAAUGCUUGAUUAUAUCCGUAUAAAUUCUAACUUUUUCCGUACAAUUUCCAUCAUAUGAACCCGUGAGGGACAUUUUGCUUUGUAAAAAAUAAACCACAAAAUUAGUUUUAAC